UCGGUCAAGAAGAAACAAAUGUUUACAUUCACUCAGUGACGAGUAUCCUGUGUAAGCUCACCAUCUGUCGGAGCCACACAUGGACACAUUCUCAAGGUAGGAGAGUUCCUUAUGGCAUGUAGGCACAUGAUGGGAUGCCGGUAACGUAUCACACUGGUGAGGAAUGUCUGCCAUGCUUUCUCCUCCAACCAAGUCCAAAGGGAUCCUUAUCAUUUGCGGAUGUGACUGUGGGCUUUACCCAGGAGGAGUGGCAGCACCUGGACCCUGCUCAGAGGACCCUGUACAGGGAGGUGAUGCUGGAGAACUAUAGCCACCUUGUCUCAGUGGGGUGUUGCAUCCCUAAACCAGACGUGAUCCUGAAGUUGGAGCAAGGAGAGCAGCCAUGGAUGCUAGAGGAAGAGUCCCCACGUCAGAGCUACCCAGAAGCCUGCAAAGUUGAUAGCCAAGCAGAAGAGACUCAAGAAACCCAGCACAGACGUUUCUGGCAAGCUCCAUUUAUCAACAACAAAACGCUGUGCACAGAGAUUCUCAAGGUAGGAGAGUUCCUUAUGGCAUGUAGGCACAUGAUGGGAUGCCGGUAACGUAUCACACUGGUGAGGAAUGUCUGCCAUGCUUUCUCCUCCAAACAAGUCCAAAGGUAGGCACGCCAGAACACAUUUUCUAAUUGUGAAUAGUGAACUCCGUAA